AUCCCACCUACGCCUUCAAUCUUGAGUCCACCACCUCGAUUGACGCCUAUAGCAAGUUUGCUCCUUUCUUUGAGCUGGCUCUCCCAGCGUAUCUGCUCUGCAGCGAUCACCUGCCGUGUCCUGCUGUGCCCUGCUGUGUCAUACCUAGCUUCCCGUUGCUCACACCAAUUUCCGCCAGACACACUCGCGCGGAACCGUCAACAUGGAUGACUUGGAAUACGAGUCGGUUCUAUUCGUCGCGAGAGAAUGCUACGUAUACAGGGUCCCGCCUCGCAAGUCUGCGGCAGGCUACAAAGCAGCAGAAUGGGGUGACAUGGAGGCCUUUUUGUGGAAAGGAAGGCUGAGAGUCAUUGAAAAGGGAAACGCAUGCAGUAUCAGACUGGAAGACAAGGACAGCGGCGAGCUUUUCGCGCUGUCUCCCUACGACUUGUCUGGUCAGAGCGUCGAGCCUGUGUUGGACAGUUCCAGAUACUUCGUGCUGCGUGUGGAGAACGAAGGCGGGAAGAGGGCGUUCAUCGGUAUGGGUUUCCAGGAUAGAUCAGAUUCUUUCGAUUUCCAAGUAGCACUGCAGGACUGGACAAAACGGAACAAAGCGGCGAAGGCAGCAGAAGAGGCCGCAGCGAGAGGAGAAGAUUUAGCAGCUACUUCAGGUGCAGUAGACAGCGGACCUUCGCCACACAUCCCCGCAGGACCCAAGCAGGACUACAGCCUCAAAGAAGGCCAGACAUUCAGCAUCAAGCUGCCAGGAGGCGGAGCUAGGAAGAUUCGAGAUGCGCCAAGCUCCUCGGGCGGUGGAGGUUUCGGGGGCGGCCCCUUGCUGCCUCCCCCGCCUAGCAGAAGGGGUUGAAGCACAGGCGCAACGUGGUGCUCGCAUGCUUCUCUGCGACUCCAAUGCGCGUCGAGACAACUUUUCUUGGAUGUUUGCAAACGCCGGUGUCACUGCCAAAUCACGGAAUAUAUCUUGGGCGAGCAUUGGCUGCACUCGGAAAUCUGCAGAUGAAACGCUAGAUGGCGCGAUUGGACUGAGGCCGCGCCGCGCACCUGUUUGCUCAGGAUUUCCCUGCAUCCGAGAUACACUCUUGUGCCAACCAUUUUGGACACUGCGCAGUACCCGUCACUUCGUCUGGUUCUCAGUGCAUUCAAGCCACUUCGAAUCAAACUGUCGUCGAAGCUCAAGUGGACCGCGCUCGCCGCCGACAUUCACAAUGUACGACCGACGGAAGUUGACGUGAGCAUGCAAGAUUGUAUCAAAACCACACAAAAUGUUAGGGGUAGUACAAAGCUGCAGAAGGAAGGUGUAUUGCCUUUCAGCUUGAUUAGAAC